AUGGAAGCAUGUGAAAAAUAUAAAGAGGUGGCAACAAAUAAUAGUUUGCCAAUAUGUGAAGGCUAUGUUGGGGUCCAGAAAGUGAAGGUUGUACGAGACACUGGGUGCAGUAGUGCAGCAGUGAGAACUAGUCUAGUAUCCGAUGAUCAGAUGACAGGCAAGCCAAUACAGUGUCGAGCUGCUGUAGCUUGGGAAGCUGGGAAACCGCUUUCCAUAGAAACCAUAGAAGUAGCGCCACCUAAGAGAAGAGAAGUUCGAAUAAAGUUGGUGGCUACAGGAGUUUGUCAUAGUGACCUCCACAUGAAAAAUGGCAUUAAAUCAGGUAUUACUUGUGCCGAUGCUAAUUUUCCCUGUAUUCUUGGUCACGAGGGUGCUGGAGUAGUGGAGAGUGUUGGAGAGGAAGUGACUAAUGUGAAGCCUGGUGACCAUGUUUUUCCCUUGUUCUUGCCGACAUGUGGAGAGUGUACGACGUGUUUACGUCAUGACAACAACAUUUGUACUGGGAUCGAAGACACUCAAGCACGUGGGUUGAUGCCUGAUGGAACUAGCCGAUUUACUUGUAAAGGAAAGGUAAUUCACCACUUCUCGGGGACUAGUACCUUCUCUGAAUAUACUGUAUUGCCUGAUAUCGCUGUGGUCAAG